UUAAUCAGGCACAUCAGAAGUCACCUGUCAGUCAGGGGUCCUUUAACUUGGGUAAAUCAACAUGGCGGCGGCCUUGUGCAGAGGAAAACACAGGUUAAAGCCCUUCUGUCAAUUCGCCUUUCAGUCGCCAAGAAGAGAUUUUACAGAGAAGUUUGAUUAUGACCUGGUGGUUAUCGGAGGAGGAUCUGGAGGUUUGGCGUGUUCCAAAGAAGCGGCUCAGUUGGGACAGAAGGUGGCUGUUUUGGAUUACGUAGAACCGUCAGAGAGAGGCACCAAAUGGGGGAUCGGUGGAACAUGUGUAAAUGUUGGCUGUAUUCCCAAGAAGCUUAUGCACCAGGCCGCUCUGCUUGGCACGGCGCUCAGAAACGACUCGGGGAAGUACGGCUGGCAGAUCGGUGGUCCCGUGACACACGACUGGGUGACUAUGGCAGGAGCGGUGCAGAAUUAUGUGAAAUCCCUGAACUGGGGUCACAGAGUUCAGCUGCAGGACAAGAAAGUGAAAUAUCUCAAUAUGAAAGGAAGCUUGGUGGACCAGCAUACCAUCCGAGGAUUAAAUUCCAGAGGAAAGGAGUCGACCGUGACGGCGAGGAACGUGGUAAUCGCCACCGGCGGCCGUCCCAAAUACCCCAUGAAUGUCCCGGGAGCGAGAGAAUACGGCAUCACCAGUGACGAUCUGUUCUGGCUGAAAGAGUCUCCUGGGAAAACGCUAGUCGUUGGAGCCAGCUACGUGGCUUUGGAAUGUGCUGGUUUUCUGACCGGCAUUGGCCUGGACACCACAGUGAUGGUGCGUAGCAUCGCCCUUCGCGGAUUUGAUCAGCAAAUGGCUGGUUUGGUGACUGAUCACAUAGAGGCACACGGGACUCGUUUCUUCUGGGGCUACGUUCCUAAGAAGGUGGAGAAACUUCCAUCAGAACUUCUACAGGUCACCUGGACAGAUACACAGAGCCAGCAGGAACAUCAGGACACGUUCAGCACGGUGCUGUGGGCUGUAGGUCGAGCUCCUGAAACCGGAACGCUGAACCUGCAGGAUGUCGGCGUUCAGCUCAACACAAACACCGGCAAAAUCAUUGUAGCUGAUGAUGAGAGAACAUCAGUGCCCAAUAUUUACGCCAUUGGAGACAUCGCACAGGGUCGUCCUGAGCUCACCCCUACAGCGAUCAAAGCAGGGAAACUCCUUGCUCGGCGAUUAGCUGGACACUCCAAGCAGCUCAUGAACUAUGACAACGUGCCUACCACAGUGUUUACUCCUCUGGAGUAUGGAUGUGUCGGUUUAUCUGAAGAAGAAGCCGAGAGACGACAUGGCAUCGACAAUAUAGAGGUGUUUCAUGCUUUCUACAAACCUCUGGAGUUCACUAUAGCCGAGAGAGACGCCAGUCAGUGUUACAUUAAGGUGGUGUGUGAGCGAGAACAACCACAGCGAGUGUUAGGGCUUCACUUUACGGGCCCCAACGCUGGAGAAGUGAUCCAAGGGUUUGCUCUCGGCCUCCAGUGCGGGUUUUCCUACUCUCAGCUUUGCGAUACUGUGGGUAUCCACCCCACCUGCGCCGAAGAGCUCACCAAACUGCACAUCACCAAGCGUUCAGGUCUGGACGCCACGGUAACCGGCUGCUGAGGUUAAACAUCCCCCUGUACCUUAAAAACUUUGAACACACCUCCUCAGACCCCUGACAAUGCAACAUAAAAACAGGAAGUGAUGUAGCAGGCUGUGAUGCUCUUAUUUCCAAGGUUCAUCUCAACCGCGGCCUGUCAUGACCUCGCUAAUCAUUCUUUCAGACAGACCCUCGUCAUAAGUCGUGUUCGCGAGUUUUUUUUCCAGCUCCACAAUAACGCAAUAAGACUCUGGAGAAGCGACGUUAAACCACAACACAGGCUCAUAAAUCAGGAUUACGGCUUUAUUACCGCGCGUUGAAAUGAAAGUCGCAAGAGAACGUAGUGUUUUUUUUUUUUUUUUUCUCUCUCUUCCAAAACAUUUUCUCCGAAUAUUGUUCUUUCUCCAGCUGUACUUCCUGUCCAUUACUCAUUCUCCGCAGCUGACACUGAUGGAUGGGCUCAGUCCGUCGCCACGGUGAUACACUCCCGUGUUCCCAGGGAAACGCACGAACACCGGGCGAGCAGCAUGUCAAUCAAAACCUCGGGUCGAGAGAGAGCUUGUUUAAAGCUUCUUUUUUUUUCUUUUGUGACUACAGAGGUUUUUCUGCAGAGCACACAGAGAAAACACACAUGCUCCUUCUCGAUGCUGGAGCAACUUGAUCACCAGAGAUAAAGGCUGUUUUUAUAAAUACCACCAUACGCCUGAAGGGGCCAGUAUUCCCCUCCUUUUCCCCACAGUUUUUAUCCCAGCUGAGCUACAGCGACUCUGGAUUGCUUUGGACUGACAGUUUACAGCCUAAUUAGGUUAAAGUAGUGUUUAAGAUGGGCCUGAUGCUUAUUAGUGGCCUUUUAUUUGACACCGAGAGCAACAUUAGCAUUUAUUUCUAUUUUCAUGGUAGUUUGCAUUUAAUGAUUUAAUAGUCUUUGAACUUCAGGUUACUUUUAAAUGCAUUCCGGAAUCCAAUUCAUGCACGUAGAUCGACGUUACGUUACAAACCACCGGAAAGCACCAAAAAUCUCGAGCAGAUUUUUUUUUUUUUUUAUUGCUACACGAUACAACAACAUUUUCUGGCCUUAGUUCAAUUGCAGCUGCAUCACUGCAUUACAUUAACAAAUAAACUUUCAUCUCGUCUUUCAACCUUCAGACUUGCUUCUAAAUUCUUCGGAACGCUACUCUGGGCUUCUUUCAAGGACGAAAACACGUUUCUUUACGAUCGCCAUUACAGACCAGCAGAAACCAUUAGAAAUCUCGAACACUUUCAAAUCUUUUUUUUUCUUUCCCCAAGCAGAAUUUUUUUUGAGAAAUUUUGCAGGCCACUAGUGCAUUACAUUAACAUAAAAACUUUCACCUCAUCUUUCAACUUUCAACAUUACAACAGGCUUCAUUUUUUUCUCCCCGUGGUCAGAAACACGCUCAGAGAAGGUUGAAGGUUUGACCGAGCGAGUUUUCUGUGAUUUCUUUUUCUUUUAAACCCCAACAGAGAAGGUUUGUUUUUGUCUGAUGUGCCUCAGCUCUCUGAUUAAUGAGGCUCGGAGUGUGUGUGACAGGCUGCUGCUGAGACUGAGACGGAGACGAGCAGCACUACCAGGUUUAUUUGGACCUGAGGAGGGAGUUUAGGGGUCUUGUGUUCAUGUUUUUUAGGGACCGGGGGGGUGCUGACUGAAGAACCCUGACCCCAGUACACUACCAUGUAACAAUAACAGAAUAGUUGUAAUACACUCUCUCUCUCGCUCUUUCUCACACACACACACACACACACACACACACACACACACACACUAAAGGGCAUGGAAGGACUGUGGACUGAGGUCUAUAUCUUCUUACAGUAGUGUGAAAAUCCCUCUAUGAUUGUGAUUCCUGAGGCAUUAAAAAGAUCUCAUUGGUUCUGCUAAGCUUCAUUUACACCACCAUUUAUUACAUUAAAUAGGUAAAUGGCUGACUAGGUGACUAUAAACCUCGCUUAAUAGAGUAUAGUGCAAAAAUGAUUGCCCCCUCUUUCUGUUUUUCCGCUAAAAACUGGAGCAAAACAGCAGGCGAAAAACUUGAAAGCAAAUUUUCCCCCAAAGCCGUUUAAAGGAUGUAAAAGAUGCAAGUUGUUGGAAAACUACGAUGUCAGGCUCAGAAAAAGAGAACGCAACGUUACACACACUGCACAUCUUGUUGGCAUCUUAAGAUUUAUCUUACUUUUUUUUCCCUCCCAUUUGGUCCUGAGGGGAUACAAACUUUUGCACUCGAAUUUUUAAGUCAUUUUGCAGGCUGAAAAAUCAGAACAAAAUUUUUAAAGAAAAACAUGUUACCAGGACAUGCUUUGCGAAUGUGGCAUUUCGGACACACGCACAACCUCCACACUCUUAGUUCCUGUUGUAAUACACACACACAUACACACACACAUACACACACACACACAUACACUGAGGGGUCAGGGUUGAGCUUCUUAGGGGGUCGGUUAAUGAGGACCUGCACUAAAAGCCCUUGGAGGAGAAGGCAGGUCUGAUGUGCUCCGACGUUCCCGCUUUGUGUUUGUACGUAGCAGAGGUUAAUCUGAUAUAACGCUCUGUAUCUGUAUAAUUUAUGUGUAAAGAAAUAAAUGAUGAAAGCGAA